UAAUAAUAUAAAGAGACAGAGAUAGAACCACUCACAGCCGCUAUAGCCCUUACCAAUUGGUCAGUCCGUCUCUCGGCUAACCACCCUUGGUCCUUGGCUCCUAUUUCCGUCCAGGAAUAGGUCUUCCUAUUGGCCUUAGUGACUUAUAAAAGCCACGGCCUCAUAUGGCUAAAGCCAUACUCACCAUGAACCGGAUAGUGCCCUUAUUGUUUUGAUCCCGGAUUCUGCCCUUCCGGCUUGGAUCCUCGUUUCUCAUUGGGGGAUCCCUUUGUUUAGGAUGUGUGUCCUUUGUCUCAGACAGAAUGAGACUGAAUGAGAAUGAAUGAAUUGAUCUCUGGUCGUGCAUCCUAUAUAUAGGCAACCAAAGUUCAUGUGCGAAGGGACACAUCCCUUCGAAGCAUCCUUUUGGGACAGAUAUUGGCCAUCGAUUACAAUCAACGGUCCAGAUCGUACCUGUUCGGAAAUAGAAGGUUCCAGACAUUAUAGCCACGUCUAACCUAAGCCCAGACUUGGUACCCAAGCCCACGGCCUGCCCACAAGAGCCCAACGACUCAUGGACAACAUGGCCAGACCUCAUGCACUACAAGAAAACAGGGAUUUCCCUACUGAAUUUAGUGACUAUAGCUGCGGUCGCUAAAUAUACCGACCGAAUACCUACUAUUUGGCUACUGAUUUGCGACCAAUAACAAUCAGUUACUAGUUAGUCGCGACUUUAUGACUACAGUACGUAGUCCUUAUUCAGUCGGUAAUUUGCGACUAUUUAGCUACUUAUACUAGGUCGCUAUAUUUUUGUCGGCCAUCAGUCGCAAAAUACAGUUAUAAAACACGUGGAAAUCGUUACUGAGUUUAGUACACCGGUUUUUGACGACUGAUUGUAGUAGUCGCAAAAUCAGUAGCAAAAGAGUAGCAAGACAGUCGCUAAAUAUUCUAUAUAUAGAUGAAACCCGACACAUUUCUUAUCUCAUCACCCGUGUAAGAAUCAUAUCCUUAAAAAAUUUCGAGAAAAAAAAUCGUUAACAACAAUGACGAGCAAUUAUAACAACUAUAUUAAUUUUCGUACUUGGAUGUACAACAGGAUUGAUGAAGAAACGGGGAAUUUCUCGAGAGAGUUUGUCGCGGGGGUAGAAGAAUUCAUGAUGUUUGCAAAUAGUCAGGAAUUAACGCAGAGCAAUGGUGGUAAGUUCUUUUGCCAUUGUAGUAUUUGCAGAAACGAAAAAUUUCUCUCGGGGCAAAAAAUCUUGAAACAUAUAUAUAGUAGAGGAUUUAUGGAAGAUUAUUAUGUUUGGUACAACCAUGGAGAAGAAAUCGACAUGGGAUUAGGAACGAGUUAUGUUGAUAUGACACAUUUAAGUGGUAGUGAAGAAGUUGGUAAUUUAGUAGAAGAUAGAUAUGUGGAAAUGGUGAAUGAUGCAUUUCGUGAUAAUUUGAAUUAUGAUAAUUAUCAACAGGAUGAUAGUUAUCAAAAUGUUGUAGAUCCGGUUUCCAACCAUUCAAAAAAAUUCUACGAUUUGUUAGAAGGAGCAAAAAAUCCUUUGUAUGAUGGUUGUCACGAAGGUCACUCGCAGUUAUCUUUAGCUGCUCGAGUUUUGCAAAAUAAGACAUAUUAUAAUAUGAGUGAGAAAUGUGUGGAUUCGGUAUGCCAAAUGUUAUCAGACUAUUUACCACCUGGAAACCAAUCAACCGCUUCACUUUACGAGACAGAAAGGUUGAUGCGCAAUUUGGGCCUCCCCUACCAUACAAUUGAUGUUUGUGUUAACAAUUGUAUGAUCUUCUGGAAAGAAGAUGAAAGAUGGGAUAAAUGUCAAUUUUGUGAUGCACCAAGAUGGAAGCCUAGAAAUGAACGGCGUAGGACAAAAGUACCAUAUAGUCGUAUGUGGUAUCUACCUAUUGCUGACAGAUGGAAGAGAAUGUACCAGAGCAAGAAGACUGCAUCAGCAAUGAGAUGGCAUGCAGAGCGCCAAGCAAAGGAGGGUAAAAUGUGUCAUCCGUCAGAUGCGGCGGAGUGGAAAUACUUUCAAGAUCAACAUCCCCGUUUUGCAGAAGAACCUCGCAAUGUUUAUCUUGGCUUAUGUACGGAUGGCUUCAAUCCAUUUGGAAUGUCUAAUAAUCAUUCGUUGUGGCCAGUGAUCUUGACUCCAUAUAAUCUACCCCCUGGUAUGUGCAUGAAGAGAGAGUACUUGUUUCUCACAAUUUUGAAUUCUGGACCGAACCACCCGCGAGCUAGUCUAGAUAUCUUCCUUAAACCUUUGAUUGAGGAGUUGAAAGAGUUAUGGUCUACUGGAGUUGAAGCAUAUGAUGUCUCCUUGAAUCAAAAUUUCAAUCUUAAAGCAGUGCUUCUUUGGACGAUAAGCGAUUUUCCGGCAUAUGGCAUGCUAUCAGGAUGGACGACCCAUGGGAAGUUGUCUUGUACAAUUUGCAUGGAAGAUUGUAAGGCUUUUUAUCUGACUAAUGGAAGGAAGACCUGUUGGUUUGAUUGUCAUCGAAGAUUUCUUCCACGUAACCAUCCACUGAGGAAGAAUAAAAAGGACUUCUUGAAGGGAAAACACGCUUUGAAUGGUGAGCAAGUUUAUUCGGAGCUGUUAAAUGGUGUCAAUCCACCAAAAGCAUCUAUGUGUGGUGGAAAUGGUCAUGAUAAGAAGAAACCUGGGUAUGGGAAACGCCAUAAUUGGCACAAGGAAAGCAUAUUCUGGGAGCUGCCAUACUGGAGGGACCUCAUUCUUCGACAUAAUCUUGAUGUGAUGCAUAUAGAAAAGAAUUUUUUUGACAACAUCAUGAAUACUCUUAUGAAUGUGAAGGGUAAGUCGAAAGACACAAUCAAGUCAAGAUUGGAUAUAGCACUUUUCUGUGAUAGGGAACAUUUACAUGUUGAUUGCAAUGGGCAAGCUCCUUUCCCUCCCUACACAUUGGACAAGAACGCAAGAACACGUUUAUUGGAAUGUGUGAAACAUUCGGUUAAAUUCCCAGAUGGUUUUGCUUCAGACCUAGCUAGGUGUGUUGAUCUUGAGAAUGGCAAGUUUUCAGGCAUGAAGAGUCAUGACUGCCAUGUUUUUAUGAAGAGGCUACUUCCAUUUAUACUUGCAGAACUCCUAGACCAAAACGUCCAUCUUGCGUUAUCAGGUAGUAAUUUUUUGUUUUUUGAAAUUUUGAUAUAUAUAUAUAUGUGUGUUGAUAAUUAGUGUUGUACUCACAAUGUGCAAUUUGAAUAUAUACUGUAGGUGUUGGUAUAUUUUUCCGUGACCUUUGCUCGAGGACUUUGCAAAAAAGCCGGGUCAAAAAACUUAAAAAAACAUAGUUUCAAUAAUCUGCAAUUUGGAAAAGAUCUUUCCACCAUUAUUUUUUGACGUGAUGCAGCACUUGCCUAUACAUCUCCCAUAUGAAGCUGAACUAGGAGGCCCCGUGCAAUAUAGGUGGACGUAUCUUUUUGAAAAGAAUUUCAAAAAGUUGAAAGCAAAUGCAAAGAACAAAAGAUAUGCGGCAGGAUCGAUAGUCAUAUAUCAACCAGGAGAUAGCUUUUUUCUCGGAGCACUACUUUGCUGACAAUAUACAAACGAAAUCAAGGUUCACGAGAUUUGAUGAAGGUGAAGUCCAUGUAUAUCAUGUCGAAGGAGUACCUGAUAUAUUUACUCACGUAGGUCGUCCAGGUGGAGAAAUGCAAGAAAUAUGGCUAUCCGAAAAAGAUUAUCAAUGCGCACAUUCAUAUGUUUUGCGAAAUUGUGAAUAUUUUCAGCCAUUUGAGCGGUAUAUAAUUUGACAAUUGUUAACCUUAUGUUUUUUUUUAUAUAUCCUACUUUGAUUUCUCAUAUUUGUGUUGGUCUAAUAUAGGAUGUUCGAAGAUUAUAUCAGUGCAAAAUAUCCAGACAUUUCUGAAGAAGAACUCUCCACGAAGAGAGCAGAUGAAUAUCAUAUAUGGGUGAAAGAUUAUGUAUGUCUUAGUAAUGAUACAUGUAUUAAGUGUUUCUCGUUCUUUACAUUGAUUAUAUAUAUAUAUAUAUAUGAAAUUUAUUGAUACAGGUUAGCUACUGGAGCAACACACAUCGUUUUCCUCUUUGGGUUAAAGAUAUGGCGAAUGGACCCAUGAAUAAAGCUAAAGCAUGGCCUAUCUAUGUCAUGGUGAGGGACGAAAGACUUGUAACUAUGGAGUAUGUGUUAAAGGAGAGAGUUAUACAAAUAUAACUGAUGAAGCACAUUACUACGGGAUCUUAACUGAUAUCAUAGAAAUCAAGUAUGAGGGGCAGUCGAUUUGAGAAUCACACUUUUUAAGUGUAAGUGGUAUGAUCCUGUUCUUGGUAGAAGCACUCGGCGAAGCAAUGGUGGUAUCGUUGAUGUUAUUUCAUCAAGGAAAUACUACAAAUAUGACCCAUUUAUUCUAGGUACAUACACACACACAUAUUUUUUUUUUGACAUCAGGUACGUAUAAUAUGUAUAUAUAUAUUGAUAUUUGAUAUUACACAGCUUCACAAGCAGAACAAGUUUGUUAUAUCCCGUAUCCAUAUGUAAAGAAACCAAAGCAAUUGUGGCUUAAUGUUCUUAAAGUGAAUCCGAGGAUAUUAAUCGUUGCUGGAGAAUAUGAAGACGUAGCCUCGAUUAUGGUACAACAAGAAAACGAUGAUGCUGUUCUGAUGACUACAGUUGAAGACCUACAAUUUGAGCAUUUGGUACAUGCUCGAAAAGAACCAAUAAAUCUCGAUUUCGAGGUGGGAGAUGGAGAACCAAAUGACGAAUUUCGAUGUAAUUUAUCGUCUUCUGAUGAUGAUGUUUAAGUUAUUUGAGGCAAUAUGUAAUGAUAUAUAUUAUUGAAAUAUUAACUUUAUGGUGUGUUUUUUUUAUAAAAAAAAAUUGUAUUUAGCUAAGUAAUCCCACCUAAACCAUAAGUAACCCGCCUAUAAACCCUAAAUU